AAUUAAUAGUAACAUUUUCUUCCAGUGUGCUAUACGGUGCUUCUCACCAUUUAUACUCCAUUUUACAUCGCCUUCAUCAGAUCUGGUCGUCUCUUUUAUGUAUGUAUCUCCUGCAUCUUUUGUCUGCUCAGUGCUUUUGGUUCUUCCUUUAAUCGUCCUCUUGCUCGAAUUGUGCAUCUUUGAUUCUUCUAAGAGGAUUUUGGUCCACUAUUCACUUGUUUUAGCAUGAAUUAUAUUAUUGGAGCGUUCAAGCCAGCAUGCAACAUCUCAAUCACGUUUGGUGAUGGAAAAUCCCGCAAACAGGUCCCCUUGAAGAAGGAAAAUGGUCAAACUGUUAUGGUCCCACUUUUCCAAAGUCAAGAAAACAUUGCUGGAAAGAUUUCUGUAGAACCAGUAUCAGGAAAGAAGGUUGAACAUAAUGGGAUCAAAGUUGAGCUUCUUGGUCAGAUAGAAAUGUACUUUGAUAGGGGGAACUUUUACGACUUCACCUCCCUUGUCCGAGAACUGGAUGUUCCUGGUGAAAUCUAUGAAAGGAAAACAUAUCCUUUUGAGUUUUCAACUGUUGAAAUGCCCUAUGAAACAUAUAAUGGGGUUAAUGUUCGACUUAGGUAUAUCCUUAAAAUUACUAUCAGCCGUGGUUAUGCUGGUAGCAUAGUUGAAUAUCAAGACUUCGUGGUGCGCAACUAUAGUCCGCCUCCAUCAAUCAACAAUAGUAUUAAGAUGGAAGUCGGUAUUGAAGAUUGCCUCCAUAUUGAGUUUGAGUACAACAAAAGCAAGUAUCACCUGAAAGAUGUUAUCAUAGGAAAAAUAUAUUUUCUCCUUGUAAGAAUUAAGAUAAAGAACAUGGAUCUUGAGAUUAGACGCCGAGAAUCAACAGGUUCUGGGGCAAAUACCCAUGUUGAAACAGAGACGCUGGCCAAGUUUGAGUUGAUGGAUGGUGCUCCAGUCAGAGGUGAAUCAAUACCCAUUAGACUCUUCCUUAGUCCAUAUGAACUGACACCAACAUACCGCAAUAUCAACAACAAAUUUAGUGUGAAAUACUAUUUGAAUCUUGUUCUUGUUGACGAAGAGGACCGUCGGUACUUCAAACAGCAAGAGAUCACAAUGUUUCGCCUGGAAGAAACUUCCUGAAUGAAUGAAGAGAUAUUGGCAUAGCUAUUCUGCAUCUAUCUUUGUAUUCUGUGAUUUCUUUAUGCGACUGAGAUGGCCAGUCUCCCAAAGGUGCUAGAAUGUCUUUUUAUUGGUAGAUUGCGACAUCUGGGAGAAGAUACUUGCAAUUUGUAUAGAGUAGGCAGUUGUGUACAUGAAUAUUGGAGUGGGAAUCUCUAGUUGAUGUUUUGAAAUACAUGGGGAAGGGACAAGUGGUCAAGUUAAACCGCAAUAAGGAACCUACUUUAGCUCGUACUCGUUGAUGAAUUGGAUAUUUUGAUCUUGAUUACUACUAAUUUUGUUGUUGUCUUGUUGUUUCCUUACUGCUGUUCUCCAACAAUGGCACGAUUGACUUACAUUGUUUCCUUGCA